AUGAAUUCAUCGCUGCCGCCGCCUCCUUCGCCUCAGAAAUUUAGCCCGAGCCUUGAGAACAGCACCCUUCAGAAACAGAGACAAGAACUCCAGCUUUUAAUUGCAGAACUGAAAGAUCGUGAUAGGGAACUCAAUGACAUGGUUGCAGUGCAUCAGAGACAGCUCCUGGCCUGGGAAGACGAUCGGCAAAAGAUACUGACUUUAGCAGAACGAUGCAGUUUAUUAAACAAUGAGCUGAACAAGAGAAAUGAAAUUAUAAAAUCACUGACAAAAAGGUUAAAGCUCUUAGAAUCUCAGCAGAAUGGUAGUAAGACAACAUUUGAAAAUACACAACAGUUUAAAGAGCUGUCUCAAAAAGUAACGGAUGCAACUGUUCACUGUCAGGCUCUGGAGGAGAAAAAUCAGAGUCUCCACUGCUCAGUUUUGGAACUGUCUGCUAAAACAGGCCAGCUGCAAGCAAGAGAACAGGAGCUUCUUACUAUGCUUAAGCUGAAGGACAAGGUUAUACUUGAAACAACUGAUCACAUUACUGAGUUUACGUCUAAAUUCAAAAGGCUGGGAAGUGCAUUGCGUGCAGCAAAGAUGGAGGAAUUCAGUCUCAACAAAGAAAAGCAAGACCUCAAACUGAGACUGAAAGAACUGAUACUUGAAAUAAAUAAGCUGAAAGAUGAUCUCUGUGAAAAGAUGAAAGAAAAUAAUAAGCAGCAGGAAGAAAUCACUCACCUCAAACAAGAAAAUGGCUUCUUGAGGAAUGAGCUCGCACUUAUUGUUGAGAAAGCCCAGAGAAAGGAUCAGCUUCUUCAGUUUGCCAAGUCUAAACAAGUGCGGACUGACACAGAACUAUCAAGUUUGCGGCAGAUCUACAUAAAACAGCAGCGUGACUUACAAUUUCUUCAUGUCAAUUUGGAGAGCUCUCAGGAGUUAAGGCAAAAGCAUGAAAAAGCAGUACAUGAAAGGAGCAUAGAUACGGCAUUUUCUGCCUCUGAAAGUAACAGCGAGACAGACACGGUUAGGACUGAGGGCACACACAGGAUAUCCAAGGAGUGUGGAACUGCACAAGUUCCAAAAAGUAGGGUAAAAACCACUGAGAUGUGUAAAGUAGAUAAUAGGCUGUUACUGAAUGCAUCAGACUUGGAGGAAACUACCUCAGCAUAUUUACACCAGUGUCAAAAAGUUGUGAAAGUCUUGGCUGGCCUUACGGAAGAAGAAGAAAAGCAGGAUGUUGCAUCAAGCUCUGAUGAGCUAGGCAGCAAAGUAUUUUAUGAGGUAAACAACACAAGGCCGUUGAGAAACAGGGAAAUUUCUGAGAAUGGAGUGGAAAGCAGAGACCGACAAACCUUUGAGUCAUCUUUACCUGAAUAUGAGGAUUGGCUUCACGCCAGUUCUUGUGUAGAUUCACAAAGUACUUUGAUCCAGAACGCUGUCACAUCUGACAGAACUGAUAGCGAAAAUAAAACCUAAGAGAGAGCUGGGAUUUUGUUUGGCAAAAAAAGCAGAGAGAGUCCUGCUGCAAUUCACAAGUCUGAAUCUGAUUCCUGUAGUAAUAACUUCAUCAUACAAAGAGAUGCAUGAUGGAAGCCAAUAUCAGAUCUGGAAUGGUUGAAGAUUUUCACUAUAAAAGGAGAUGGAAAUAUAUGGCAUGGAAAAGAUUGCAGCUGUCUCAAGACUGCACAAGAGAUGAAAUGUGCCAGCUCAAAAAGUGAAGAAAAUGUGGAUCUGAAUUCUUUUUACGUGGAUUCCUCCUGUUUGACAUCCACCCAGAAAGGAGACAGGCCUCAAAGAUGUGAGAAAUUCUCUGAUCAAGACUUCCCUCUGGAGAUCAAUAACCUUUCAGUGACUAAGCCAUCAAAUAGAUGCUGCAGUGCUACUGUGAACCAAGACACCAGUUCUCCCAUAAGUAAAUUGCAGCAUGUAUUGGCUGAGUCUCGACAGAUGGUUGCUGAUCUGGAGCUUAGCACUCUCCUCCAGGCAAGCCCUCACUGCAGUCCAAACAGCAGCAGCAAGAAUACGACAACAGAACUUGCAGAAGCUCUUCACAGAACCCAGUUAUCUGCUGCAGAAGAAAGAAAUGCUCAGCUUUCAUUCUUUCCUCUAUGA